UACACGGUGUCUCAAAAGCAGCGGCUUUCAACCGGUGCGGCUUCUGUUAUUUAUUUCUUACCGCAGGACAAAUCGACAGUAUUGAUUCUUUAAAUAAAUUCAUUGUACCGUUAUCACGCUAAAUUCUUGUGAAUCAUUAUUUGUACUUACUAAUAAAGAAGGAAGAUCUUUUCACAAAAAUGUAAGAUUAAUCUUCAUGAGAUGCGGUCAUGCAAGAUUAACUGUUGAUUAUCGCGUCGUAGUCACACGUCGGCAAAAGUCGUUCAAUGUGAUUCAAUUCGCAGUAACAACUGCAAGCAUGGUUCUUUAUGUUUCAAUGUAAGGACGCACCGUGUUAUCACUUUAGUAGUGCAAUCUUCUGCAUGGUGUGAAAUUAUUUGAAUACUUAUAAUCCUAUCCAUAAACAUGUUACUAAUUAUAACUACCUGUAAGAUACUUUGUGGCCUGAUCUUCCUGCCAAUAUUAUUGAUAAAGUGGAGAAAGAUGUAUUCGAGAAAGAGGAAAGAAAGGGAACAGAAAGGCACUGUUGUUGGAAUCUUUCAUCCAUAUUGCAAUGCAGGUGGAGGUGGUGAAAGAGUACUUUGGUUUGCAGUACAUGCUAUACAGAAUCAAUAUCCUGAUGUAAACAUAGCCAUAUAUACUGGUGACCUUUAUGCAGAUCCCGAGGAGAUACUCAGUAAAGCUGAAAAGGUAUUUGAUGUGAAACUGCAACGAAAUAUCGAAUUUAUUUAUUUGCAUAGGCGAAAAUGGGUAGAAGCUGCUAUGUAUCCCUAUUUUACACUUCUGGGGCAAAGUCUGGGAUCUAUCUGGCUGGGCAUCGAGGCAUUGAAUAGUCUUACACCAGACAUGUAUAUCGACACAAUGGGUUAUGCCUUUACAUAUCCUUUGUUUAAAUAUAUCGGUGGUUGCCGUGUCGGAUCGUACACGCAUUAUCCCACUAUUUCGUAUGAUAUGCUAAAGUACGUGUACAGGAGGGUGGUGUCGCAUAACAAUCGUAAAAUCAUUGCGAGAAACCCAAUUUUCACAAUGGCAAAGCUAGCUUACUACAACUUGUUCGCGCUCUUAUAUGGCUGGGUCGGCAAUUGCGCUGAGACUGUAAUGGUAAACUCUUCAUGGACAGAGGAUCACAUCAACUCAAUCUGGAAAUGUCCGCUGAAGACGCAUCGCGUGUAUCCGCCGUGCAGCGUAAAGCAUUUAACCGAGUUGCCGCUUCUCAGCGACGAGGAGAAGGGCGAUUGUAUACGUAUAGUGGCUGUCGCGCAAUUCAGACCGGAGAAGGAUCAUCCGCUCAUGCUGAGAGCAAUGUUUGAGCUAAGAUCGAUCCUUCGUGAGGAAGUCUGGGAAAAGGUAAAAUUGAUUUGUAUCGGCUCGUGCAGAGAUGCUGAGGACGAAGCGCGCGUCAAGGAUAUGCAAGAUCUGACCAAACAUUUAGCUCUAGAGAAGAAUGUCAAGUUCAAGUUGAACAUCCCAUACUCCGAGCUCGUAUCGGAACUUCAAAGGGCCACUAUUGGCCUGCACACAAUGUGGAAUGAACAUUUCGGCAUCAGCAUUGUGGAAUGCAUGGCUGCAGGACUGAUCAUGGUAGCUCAUGCUUCCGGUGGGCCAAAGGCAGACAUCAUAGAAACGCAGAAGGGUAGUAUGACUGGGUUCCUCGCGGAAACCGAAGAAGAAUAUAGUAAAACAUUAGCAUAUAUUAUAUGUAUGAGCCCGAGUGAUCGAAACGCUAUUAGACUUGCUGCGAGAUCAUCUGUGAGCCGUUUCUCGUGUGAGAACUUCGAAAGAGAAUUCCUACGAGCGAUCGAGCCGUUUUUCAGACUGAAACAGCAAUAGUUUCGUCGCUUUGGAAUUUCUUUAAAGUACGGUGAAUCAUAUGUACAUACGAAUUAUUCAUUUCAAGAUUGGCUUUCACGGUAAUACGUUUCACUAUCCUAUGUAUGUACAAGAGUGAUGUAUAUAUGUAAUAAAUAAUAGU